AUGGCCGAGGAGUUCGGGAACGGCGCCGGGGCCGUGCCCGGGGCUUGGCCGGGGCUCGCCAGCAUCCAGGACCCGCGCAGGGCCGGCAGCGGCCACGUUUGCGGUGGGACCCUCAUCAGCCCCGCGUGGGUUCUCACCGCCGCCCGCUGCUUCCUCCACACCAGGAAUGUCAGCACGUGGCGCGUGGUCCUGGGGGCCUCAGACCUGAGCGACCCCGGCCCCGAGGCGCAGGUGCGGCAGGUGCGGUGGCUGCGGAAGCACCGGGAGCUGGACGUGGCCCUGCUGGAGCUGGAGCGGCCCGUGGAGUGCAGCGACUUCGUCCAGCUCGGCUGCGUGGCUGAGGCAGGGGCGCGGCCGGAUGGGCUCGCACCUUGUUAUAUUGGGGGCUGGGGCUCCAUGGCGGGCACAGCCCAGGCCGGCCGGGAGGUGCUGCAGGAGGCGCAGGUGCGGCUGCUCCAGCCCGAGCUCUGUAACAGCGGCGGCGAGACCGUGGCUUCCCAGCAGGUGUGCGCGGAGCACUCGCGGGGCGGGUCCCACACCUGCCAGGACCAGCUGGGACCCCCGAGACUCCUCCAGAGACCCCCAAAAUCCUCCCAGAUCCUCCUCAAAUUCCCCUUCCCCUCUCUCCACCAAGGGACGUGCGGUCCCGGGCCAUGUGGCAGCGGGGGCGCAUUUGGCCCCCUCCCCACCCACGGGGCCCCUCCCCUCGCCGACCCCCGGGAGCGCCCCCCGAGCCGGGAGCGCGACCCCCGCCCUGACGCGCCGCCCCCGCCGCAGGGGGACAGCGGGGGUCCCCUGGUGUGCCGGGACCCCCACUCGGACCAGUUCUGGAUCGCGGGGGUGACGAGCUGGGGCCGCGGCUGCGUCUUCACCCCAGCCUGGCGCUUCAGCGAGUGGAUCCUGCUGCAGCUGGAAGCGCCCGGGAGCGGCGGCGGCCCCGGCGAGGAGCCCGCGGCGCCGGUGAGCCCGGUGAACCCGGUGAACCCGGUGCUGCUGCAGUUCUUCGCCGUGAUGCGAGAGCUGCUCCGCUUCCUGCGGGACCCCACGGGCUGA